AACUACAUGGUAUAACUAAUUCUAGCACAUAUUUAUAUUUAGUAGCUAUAGUUUAGAUUAAUUACAUCCUAUAGCUAAGAGUAAUAUGUUAAAUACAACUAAUAGCUACCUAUAUAUUUAAAGUAGAAUACUCUAUUUUUAUUAUUUUAUAUCUUGACUGAAAAUUUUAGGGUAGCUUUGAGAUGCUUCUUCUCUGUCCGCCGCCGCCGACCACUACAGAAUCACUGCAGAAAUCGCCGCCGGAGCUCCGUUGCCGCCGUCAUUAUCCUCUGGUCAAACCCUACAACUCUGCCAUCAACUCCGAUAUGUAGAUCCGGAUUUGGAAGAACUCAUGAUAGAAGGCAGAUGGAAUGUGAAUAAACUUCAGCAACUAUUACCAGAGGACAUUGUUGAAUAUGUUACUCAGGAACUGGUAAUGCAAGAGAAAUCAAAUCAAUGGGACAAACCUUGGUGGAUGAUGACAAGUUCUGGUAAAUUUACCGUAGGAAGUGCGCGGGAAUUGCUUAGACAGAAAUCUAUUCAUUCAUAUACUUAUUAGAACAUAUGGGUAAAAGGUUUACCUUUUAAGAUCUCAUUCUUCUUGUGGAGAUUAUGGAAGUUCAAAAUUCCAGUUGUUCAAGUUCUUUCUAGUAUCGGGAUGCAAGUAGAUGCUAGAUGUUGCUGUAGGAAUGCUCAAUACGAAACAAUUGAUCAUUUGUUUCUUACACGAUCAGUUGCAACUAAUGUUUGGAGAUAUUUUAAUGCAGUUGUAGGUAAUCAUGGUAAUAUUGUGUUGUUGAAACAGAUUAUUAAUUUAUGGUGGAGUAAUUCAGGUCCUUCAAAACUUAAGCCCAUAUUUGUAGCAAUGCCAGCUAUUAUAGUGUGGCAAAUUUGGAAAUGGAUAAACACAGUGUUACAUGGUGGUUCAAUGACCAUCAACAAAGUUAUAUAUGAUAUUAAUAUGAACAUACAUCUCUUGUGUAGAGUUAGAUUUCCCUGGCAGCAUAAUAUGCCAAGGACUGUACCUCAAAUCAUCCAACUGUUUGAAGGUUACAGGCCCGGAAUUAGUUGUAGAAUGGUGAAAUGGAUUCUUCCUUUGGAGGGUUGCUAUAACUGUAAUUCAGAUGGUAUUUCUAGAGGAAAUCAUGGACCAAGUUCAGUGGAUUUUUGUGUCAGAAAUGAGGUAGCGGAUCUGAUAUAUGCUGCAGCAAAGAGAACAGGUGAUGACACAAACUUGGUGGCUGAGGAUUUAGCAUUCAAGAUGGGGUUGGAUUAUUGCAUUCAUCAUCAGUGUACUCCACUGGUAAUGGAAACAGAUUCUAUGGCAAUGAAGUUAAUCUUAACAGGAGUAUGAGAGGUGCCUUGGAAGAUUGUAAUGGUUGUACAAGACAUUAAUAUACUGAGAAAGGAUCAUAUGGUCUAGGUGGAACAUGUAUACAGAGAAGGAAAUAGACUAGCAAACUUUUUAACUAACUUUGGGUUUGAUUUUGCAGGUGAGUAUCAAUUUAACGCAUUCAAUGAUCUUCCUCUGAAGGCUAGACAAAUCUUGAACACUGAGAAAGCUCAGAUUCCUUAUUUGAGAUUCAGAAAUGCAAAGGAUCAGGGAAUCAACACAACAUGAGACUAGUACUGUAUAUGAGCAAUAUGUCAACUUAAGAGUUGUAUGUUAUUAUCUGAUGGCCAUGUAUCUCUAGCAGCAGUGGAAUUAUUGAAAGCCUUUUUGAUUUCGUCACAAUGUGUGGUAUUAGCUUGUUUACAGGCUCAUUCUGUUGUUACAGGAUCAAAUUUGCUUAAUAGUAAUUUCUGGCAAACACUACUUAUAUGGCAUAAAGUUAAGACUGGUAAAGAUUGCAACUGAAGCUAGAUUAUGACAGGAUAAACUCUACUCCAAUCUUGAUAACCUGAAGUUUUACUUCUCUAGACUAUUGAUCCAUAGCACCUGGUCAGAGCUUUGUAGGCGUGUGAGAUGGUAUCAGGUCAAGGUCCAAGGAUCUGCGGUAGAUAAUUGCCUGUAAUAAUUCUGUUUUUUCAGUUUUUUUGAUGCUGUAAACCAGUGGUUUAUCACAAGCAUUUAUUUACAAAAGGAACAUGAAGAUAUGAGAUUUAUAAAUGCGGCGCCUUAGGA